AUGCAUCGCACCUACUCCAUGCGCGCCUCCCGGGCGCCUACCGCCUCCCAGAUACAGAGCCCGCCUCCCCCCCCCUCCUCCACCAAGUCUGGCCGCCUCUUCGGAAAGGGGAGCUUUGGCCACGCUCUGCGCCGUAAUGCCGGAGGUGCCUUCGGGCCUGACCUGGCCAAGAAGCUGUCCCAGCUCGUCAAGAUGGAGAAGAACGUGAUGCGAAGCCUGGAGCAGGUCGCAAAGGAGCGCAUGGAAGUUGCCCAACAACUCUCCCUCUGGGGUGAGGGCGGCGACGAAGAUGUUUCCGACGUCACCGACAAGAUUGGCGUCCUUCUCUACGAAAUCGGCGAGCUCGAAGACCAGUAUGUCGAUCGGUACGAUCAGUACCGUGUCACCAUGAAGAGCAUCCGCAACAUCGAAGCCUCGGUACAACCCAGCCGCGACCGCAAGCAGAAGAUCACCGACCAGAUCGCCCAGCUCAAAUACAAGGAGCCCAACUCGCCCAAGAUUGUCGUGCUGGAACAGGAACUCGUUCGUGCCGAAGCCGAGUCGCUCGUUGCCGAGGCUCAGCUCUCCAACAUCACCCGCGAAAAGGUCAAGGCUGCCUACUCGUACCAAUUCGAUGCCCUCCGGGAGCACUGCGAAAAGGUGGCCAUCAUCGCCGGCUACGGCAAGCACCUCCUCGACCUGAUCGACGAUACCCCGGUCACGCCCGGCGAGACCCGCCAGGCAUACGACGGCUACGAAGCCAGCAAAGCCAUCAUCCAAGACUGCGAGGAUGCCCUUACCAAUUGGGUCACCUCCAACGCCGCCGUCUCCUCCAAGCUGUCGACCCGCUCGCGCGGUCUCUCCCAGCGACGCCGAAACAACAUUCGCGCCAGAAACGAGGGCCAUGACCUGUCCACCCAAGAUACUCCUCUAAACGACAGCAGCUCUUGGGUCGGCCGUGGCGCCGAUGUUGAGAGCGACGAGGAGGACGACGAGGAGGACGACGACAACCGCCACUCGGUCCUCGACAGCGACGGCGGCCUGAAUGGCGAGAGCCGUGGACGAACGCAGGAGGUUAUCGCCGCAUAG